UCCCAGCAGUUGCUUUAAUUUGAUCCUAAAAAGCGUUCUUUAAACCCAAGAUGGAUUUGUUUCAUAAAAUAAUUUAACUGAUUCAUCUAGCGUAUGCUGCGGUACGUAUUAGGGGACUCACCAAUGUUAUGAAUGUUAUGAUAUCAAUGGCGACCACUGGCUAACAAAAGGACGGAUUUGAAUGGAACUUGUAAACUGUUACGAUAUUUUUCUAAUAUGUUACAAGACAUCAUUGUUCACACGUCCUACAAAUAGGAUGGUUGAAGAAAAAUACCUCUAGUUGAUCACAAACAGACUAUAGGAUCAUACAGUAUUGUUCCCGUGGUAAAAACCGUUAAAAUGCGUAUCAGUGCAGUUUUAUUGGUUCUCGUCAAGUUGUGUGUUGCUCAAGAUUAUGAGUGCGGUGUUGUGCCAAUGACCCAAUGGGCGGGCCAGGCUAGCCUGCGCACGGAGCGACUGCAGAAUCCCGUAGAUCUGGUUAUCAUCCAGCAUAGCGUAUAUGGCGCGUGCAACACCGACGAGGAUUGCGAGAAGGCCGUGAGAGGAACCCGCAGAUACCAUAUUGACGAGGAAGGGUUCACUGAUAUAGGACCAUCGUUCCUUGUCGGCGGCAACGCCAAGGUGUAUGAAGGCGCAGGUUGGUCGUUGGUUGGCGCUCACACCAGACAUUACAACAACUGUUCUAUUGGAAUAUCUUUCCUUGGUGACUUCAGGAAGACCUUGCCGGCUACUGAAGCUCUACGAGCAACAAAGGACCUUAUCUACUGCGGCAUAUCGCACAAUUAUCUGGCGCAUGAUUACCGUCUUAUAGGUCAUGAGCAAGUCGCCAAUACUGAGAGCCCGGGUACGAAGCUACAGAAAGAGAUAGAGACUUGGUCUAACUGGGUAGAAAAUAUAUAGU